AAUUAAAAGAAAAAGAAAAAGAAAAAAAGGAAAAGAACUCCAACGCUCCUUGUUGUUCUUCUUCUUCUUCCUCUUCGUCGUCGUCGUUGAAAAUUCUGGAUUUAUUUCCGUCAUGGAGAUAACUUUCUCCUGUUAAUCUUACUGAAACAGAAAGAACCCAUCGAGAUUUCUGUCGGAUUUCUUCGCAGGAUGCCAUCUCGGUCUAUUUCGCCGUCUCCUUCUCCUUCCUCUGUACAUACCCACCACCAUGCUCUGUCCACUCAUCUUCUUCCCCCAAUCGUUGCCGCUUCCACCGCCGCCUUCUCUUUCUUCCUUUUUCUCAUUAUUCUGUUUCGUAAAGUGACUCGUAAACGUACUGCGCCUGCUGAUUCCAAACCCCCGCAUCGCUUUUCUUACUCCCUUCUCCGCCGUGCCACUGAAUCUUUCUCCCCUUCUCGCCGCCUUGGCCAAGGUGGCUUUGGGUCUGUUUACUAUGGUACUCUGCCGCAAACCCAUAAGGAAAUUGCGGUCAAACUUAUGGAUUCUGGAUCGUUACAAGGAGAAAGGGAAUUUCAGAACGAGUUGUUUUUUGCUACCAAGAUUGAUUCGUCUUACGUCGCUAGUGUUCUUGGGUUUUGCUCGGACCAGAAGCGGCGCAGGAUGUUGUUAGUUUAUGAGCUUUUGCAUAAUGGUAAUUUGCAAGACGCUUUGUUGCAUAGGAAGUGCCCUGAGCUUAUGGAGUGGAAGAAACGGUUUUCAGUUGCGGUUGAUAUUGCAAAGGGAUUAGAGCAUCUUCAUGGGUUAGAUCCGCCUGUUAUUCAUGGUGAUAUCAAGCCUAGUAAUGUGCUGUUAGAUCAUUGCUUCUCGGCAAAAAUUGGGGAUUUUGGGCUUGCUAGGUUGAAGCUAGAGAAUAGUCAAUUUGAAGUUGAGGUGAAGGUAAAUGCAGUGGAGGAGGAGAAGAAGGAAAGAAAAGAAGAACAUGACAGCAACCGUGGUUGUGUAGUUGAAGAUUGUGGAUCCGUGGCAGAGGAAGCUGAGAGCGUAGCCACUGGAUUUGAGGAAUUCAACGUCGUGGGUGUUGAUCAGUCACCUGAGAGCUUUUUAAGAAUUCCCGUUUCAGAGACUUCACCAGAGACCGUGGAUGUCGCCACGACUUCGCCAGAGACUGCUUUGGGGGCUGCAGCGAUGGUAUACCCCUCAGAAGGGGGUUUUGACAGAGCUAACAGUGUGGGGAAGAAAAGUGGAGAUGGUAGCACUGGGAAUGUGAAGGAAUAUGUUAUGGAGUGGAUUGGAUCAGAGAUCAAGGCGGAGAGGCCGAAAAGCGAAUGGAUUGCAGCCUCGUCGGUAAAGAAGUCAGAGAAGAAGAAGAACAAGAAGCGAUUAGAUUGGUGGAUGUCUAUGGAUGAUGAAAAGAGUACCAAGAAUCUGAGAAAGGAGAAGAGAAGGCCAGCGAGGGAGUGGUGGAAGGAGGAGUAUUGUGAAGAGCUAGCAAAGAAGAGGAAGAAAAAGAAGCCCCAAAAAGAGGGCGACUUCUGGCCAUUGGAUGAUGAAAUGUACAGAGAGAAAAAGAAGAGGAAUCGAAGCAAAAACCAUGGCAGCCGAGGUAGCAUCGAUUGGUGGUUAGAUGGGCUUAGCGGCGAGCUUUGGAGAGCUCGUGGGAACAGCCAUGAUGAUAUUCCCAAGAGUGGUGGCAUUAGUAGUACUCCAAGUAUGAGAGGAACCAUGUGCUACAUUGCCCCUGAAUACGGCGGCGGUGCAGAUCUUUCUGAGAGAUCCGAUGUUUAUAGCUACGGAGUUUUAUUGUUAGUUCUUAUAGCUGGAAGAAGACCCUUGCAGGUGACAAAUUCACCGUUAUCAGAAUUCCAGCGGGCCAAUCUCUUAUCGUGGGCUCGUCAUCUCGCCAGAGCUGGAAAGCUGAUCGAUUUGGUUGAUCAGUCAAUUCAGUGUUUAGAUCGAGAUCAAGCUCUUCUUUGCAUCAAGGUUGCUCUGAUUUGUGUGCAGAAAUUUCCUGCUCGCAGACCCUCUAUGAAAGAGGUCGUGGGGAUGCUAACCGGUGGGUUGGAGGCACCCCAACUACCAGCCGAACUGUCCCCGUCGCCUCCAUCUCGCUUCCCUGUUAAGUUGCAUAGGAAGACUCGAUGAAACAAAGCCUUUUCUUGUAUAUGCUGAUACUCUGUUUUAGAUAAUUUAUUCAUCAUCUUUGUAGGUGAUUGGUGUGGGAAUCUAAUCAAAUACAAAAAGAAAGAUUGUAUGUUUGAUUUAUGAGUUCUUCGUGAUAUCUUGUUUCCUUCAGUCUUGGCGUCUUGGCAGUGAUGAGAACUCAUAAGAUAUUUGUAUAUAAACAAGUCAAGGUGGAUAGAAAUAGAAGAUAUGGUUCCUCUGUUUU